CAUCACCAAAACCCCGCCUCCUUCCAACCAUCCGUCCGGAGUAAAUCCCCCCCCCCGAUGGAAUCAUCAUGGCACAAUAUCAGGGCUGGACAUCCGGUCCCAACACUCGGGGAUCGUUCGACAUUCUCUGGACCUGUCUCACCACCAUGGCGUUAUGCGUGUGGACCGCCGUCCAUCCGAAUAUUCCGGUCGUCUCGCGAUUCGGGCCAACCCUGCUGGAGCGACUGGGACUGAUGAUGCUCGCCAUGAUCUUCCCCGAGUUUGUCAUGACCGCCGCGUGGGAUCAAAGACGACGCGCCCAAAGGCUCCUCCAGGAGGUGAAUCCCUCACCCGCCCGACACGAAGACGAGAUACUCCGGGAAGCGGCGGACGCCUCGCUUCUCCCCCCGGACACCUCUCAUCGGUGGUCCUUACUGCAGGCCCUGUUUGCGGUCAUGGGUGGCUACGCCUUGGAAACGCAAUACACGAGCCAGGUCACCAAGCAGCCCCGGACCAUCCGGCGCCUCGUCACCCCCGAAGGAGUCGCCAUUCUGGCCACGACGGGAACCCUUCCGUCGGUGAGUGAGAGAGAUCUCGAGGAACGAAGCAAGGCGGAUGUCUUUGCCAAAGUCAUUGUGGUCUGUCAAAUCCUCUGGUUUGCCCUGCAGGUGCUGGGGAGGUUGGGUCAGCGCCUCCCGGUCACUCUGCUGGAGACACACACCACCAUUCAUGUCGGGUGUGCCAUCGUGGUCUAUGCCAUCUGGCUCCACAAGCCGUACAAUCUCAGUCAGUCGGUGAUGGUCACGGGGCCGGACAGUCAACGGAUUGGGGCCUUUUUCAACUUCCACGACAUCAGCUACGCCGUCUAUCGGAGACAGUGUGAGCGAUACGAGACGCAUCGGAUCGAGUAUUGGAAACGGCGCAUCAUUCACGCCUCCCGGGGAGUCACCCGCUUCGAGUCGCCUCCGGAACCACCGACGCGGAAACCCUUGGUUCAAUUGCUGGCCGAACAUCGGUCGAGUCCGGCGGAUAGAAUGACCGCGGUCGACGAGGACGAAGACCUCCUGUAUGCCCUUGCACCAGAGGCCAGUGAAGGGCUCGAGAUGUUGCAACGUCACGGAUGUCGCGUGGCCGACACGACGGAUCCAAAUGACCCCUUCCUGCGCCAGACCUCGGCCAACUUCACGAUCCGCACGGUCUGGGGUGGCUGGAGCACCGACGUCGGGCAUGAGCCGAGCUGGAGCAAAGGCAUCCACGUCGGCUUCAACGUGCUGUACGGCGGGUGCCACCUUGCGGCCUGGUCAUCCGCCUUUCCCAGCCCGGUGGAGCGCUGGCUCUGGAGGGCAUCCGCCCUGUUUCUCAUCUCGGUACCCGUGUGGGGAGCCUUGAGGAUUCUCUGGUGGACGGCCGUCCGAUCUCGCCAUCGAGCGGUCUAUCCGAUCCGCAAUGGGGAUCUGGAUGUCAUUGCCGCUCCCAUGUUCUUCACCAUCUUUGUGGUGUAUACCGUGGCGAGGUGGUACUUUCUGAUCGAGGCUCUCAUGAGUCUGAGGCGGUUACCACUCCAGGCAUACGACACCGUGAACUGGACAUCUAUUUUGCCCCAUGUUGGCUAAUCGUGCUGUGGUGAGGGAAGUUGGCAAUGUAACCUGUCCCUAUCUGAAUUCCUAUAGCAAAUUUCAUCUCCGCUCCCCUUCCACACCACCCGCCUCACUACCUCCCCGAACGACAACCCCCAUCGUAGACCCUCUCUCAGAAGGGCAUGUUCAUACCGUCGUUGGAAAAGUAUCCUUUCCAGGGCGAGAGUUCGUUCUUGUGCGGUGGGGAGGGUAUUCUCGUGCAUGGAUGGGUAUUGAGUAUCAUGAUGCUGCAGAUGGUGAUUGUGAUGAUGAUGUUGAUGCUGAUGUAUAUAUGUAUACGGGUAGGGUGUGAUUUUUGGAGGUGUUAUAUGUGCAGGUAUUGUUGUUGUUGUAGUAAGUAGUUGCGUACCGGCUUGGAGAAGUGGAUGGAUCAUAGUAGGGUUAUUCAUUGGUGGGGAAGAAUAUGGCUGUGUAGAAUAAAUACGAGUAUGAUAGUCUUGGGGAUAUAUCCCCUGCGUAUAAGAAAUAUAUUGG